UACCAGCCAAUCCAAUCCAAAGCAAUCUGGGAAAACGCUUGCGGAGCGAGCCAAGUGAGCGGUGCAUGUGUUGUGCGGUUUGUGGUUUAUUUGUUCAGCCAAUCUAUCGUCGCAACGUCUACUUCAUCGACAGCUGCACCUUCUGACGCCCGCAGUCUGAGACCACUGAAGUACGAAAUAACACACAGCUACAUCAGCGGCUCCGUCUCCUUUCGACGCGACGUAAACGGUCGUUCGCAUCGGGCAUAGUGCGACGCGAAACCUCCUUCUCGUGCCGGCUCGAAAGGGGGUUGCCCGGCCCCUUCCUUCCUCCCCCGAAGUGUGAGUCAUCGCACCGAUCCAACAAAGCCCCUCGACGACAUCUCGACGGGGAAUGUGGGAUCCGAUGGUCGUCGCAGCAGCUGCGUCCGUAGCACGCUCAUGACGCUCGGCACGGCGUUGACUACGGCCGGUACUUGGUCGUCGACCGCGGCGGCGGCGGCCGCCCCGGGCGCCGGCGAUGUCAUCGACAACUUCGGGGCGAUCGUGGACGACGACGGCGUGCACUGUCGCCACGGCGCCCUCACCAACUCUUUCGGCUGGUUCGUCCAGGGCAUUCUGGCGGUGCUCGCGUUCGCCUGCCUCAUCCUAAAGAGGUUCUGCGAGCCACGGAGACACAGGAGACCUUGGAUUAUUUGGUUUUAUGACACGUCCAAGCAAGGAGUCGGUGCCUUAGUGAUCCACUUUGCCAACGUCUUCCUGGCAGAGUUCUUCCAGGGUGACCCGUGCACGUGGUACAUCGUGAGCUUCCUACUGGACUCCUCGGUGGGGCUGGCCUUCAUCUUUGCUGGCAUCCGUCUGACGCAGCACGUCUCGCGUCGCCGGGGCUGGAACCUCCUUGUGUUCGGCGAGUACGGCAAGCCUCCUGACAAGCGAGCGUGGCUGGCCCAGGGAGCCCUGUACGUGCUGCUGAUGCUGUGCGAGAAGGCCCUCAGCACCCUCGUGGUGCAGCUGCCCUUCUGGGACCAGGUGCGGCUGUUCAUCAUGUCGCCCAUCCACAAUCCCAAGGUGGAGGUGGCUCUUGUGGUCCUGGUCAUCCCGUUCUUUGUCAACGUGCUAAUCUUCUGGGUGACAGACAACUUCCUGAUGCAGCACCAUCCCCGCCUCAAUGGCCGAAACGGUUCGGUGAACAAGAAGAACCCUCCAAAGUCCUCGGCAUUGCGGCGGUCCUGGGUGCAUCCGGCAGACGAGGAACCGGCCUCGUGGCCGGAGUGCGAGGGGCUGCUCUCUGGGGAGGAACGUCCCGGGGCCCUGUCCUGAAAACGGCCUCAGCAGUUUCAGUGCUUUAGCUUGACACCUUGAGAGGAGGACCUCCUUCUGGGCAAAUGAUUCCCAAAAACGAUGCUGUGAUUCUGCGGUAGCAUGCAGUAACCUUCCCUCGUUGAAGAACUGUUUUAUCCCAUGGACAACUUUGUGUUUCCAGCAACGAAUGUACACCUGCUCAGGACAAGUUUGUGAGUUUUCGGCUGUCGGCGGUAUACGUUGAAUUGACUCUCGAGACAUGCAGCCCUUUUCGAGGGUCAGCAACCUCUAAACUGGCUCUUUGCAAGGGUGGCCCCUUCUAGCAAACACCCUCAAGCCAUUGAUAGGAUCCUUCCAUCAGAAUUCUCUGAACCGAGUUCUUGCAAGGACUGCUUUUCCCUGGGGAAGGCCUCAUGCCACCCUGCUUGUAGCAGCUAGCAUUGGGACAUUCCUGGCAGCUCCUGCAAAAAUUUUAGUAUUGAGAAUGACGUCUGUUAGCCGAACCAUUAUCCCCAGACCCUGAGACAUUUUCGAGAGAGAGAGAUCUGGUCCAGAUGUCACUCCCAUUUGCCCACAUGCAAUUUCAGGAAAAAGUCAGUACAGUUGGAACUGGAUUAUGGAACUUGUCCCAGCUAGAUUGUCUGAUUUCCAGCAGGGAUUUAGUUCCAUAAUGCUGCCCAGGUAUACUAACUUUCAGAAAAAGUGCCAGAGUAGACAAAAAAAUAUGUGAAGGAUAAUGGGCUCUACUCAAGACAUGGUACACUUGUCGGUGGCAUUAGCAGAAAUUGUGAAGUGGCAAUAUGGAGAUUUUGGCUUGCCACAUAGAGCUGAGAUGCUUAGCUGGCUCUGGAAAUGUGCAUGCACACAGGUCCUGCCAUGACCAUACUCUGUAUCAUGACUCCUCCCUGGAGCUUGGCAACUCGAGCUGAUAUUGCACAAGACUGUGCCCCAUUUACAAAAGACUAAAGGAUGGAACUUCAGAAGUCAUUCAGUUGCCAUAAAUUAGGACCUGUGGUGGAGGAACUAAAAGAAGCCCUUACGAUGCCUUAUAGCAGUCCUUAGUCCUGAGAUGUUGCAUUUAGAAUAGCUGUGCGAAUGAUACGUAGAACAUGUCUUCACAUGACGUGUCGCCUCCUAGUGUAACACACCCGUUUCAAUAGCUUUAGGAAUUGUUUCUUUCAGGCGGUUUCACUUGCCUUUGCCAUAGUGCAGGAGCUGCAAGAUUUGUUUGGUCUUCGAUGAAAAUUCUCAAUUAUACUCAGUCCUCAUUUUCAGUUAUUUCAAGGCUAUUAAGCUAGUCAUGGUAUGUAGCUGGGUUUUGUUCUUAGAAUAAGAAUGUACUUAAACAAUUAUAUUAUCGAAGGAUAUUUUGAGAUUAGAAAUGUAUACAUAUCUUGUGCAAUUAAUUAUUUUUUUAGGGCUUUACCCUUUUUGAACAAAGAGAGGCCACGGUCGGCUUUGGUUGUAUCAGUUCACAACCAGUGUGAUGGUCUGUGAAUUGCGGCACUGGAACCAAAGAAUUGUUGUGUGAUGCAUUCUGGAAAAGCAUAUAUACAGAAAGCCAGCAGAAGUCCCCAAACCUGUUUCCCUCUCAGUGCUUUCAGGGUAUGGUUAUUACCCCGUGCAAGGGUCUGGCAACAUUGCUUGGAAAUUGCUAUGAAAGCAUCGUCAAACUCGGGCUUGGCAGUUUUGCAAUAGAGCGACUCAUGUAGGACACACUUGAUGCAACUCCAGUUUUUCUAUGCUCAAGUGCUCCAGACUCGUUGCAUCUAAUUUGUUGUGUACUUCACCCCCAAAGAAUGACCAAGAUUGAAAUAGUAGAGAAGUAUAAUUCUCUUCUCCAGUACCCUCUGCGGCCACUCCUACUAUUGACUAGCAAUAGUUUUGUUUUUUAUUUAUAGGGUAUUCUUAUCUAAGGAAGAAAAAGGCAUCCGGUGGGAGGCCUCUUCCUUACCUCUUGUUCAUUAUUCAUAACUCAAUGCACAUGCACAUUUAACUUGUCUACUUCACACACCAAGCCAGUGAUAGUGCUGUUGUCUAAGGGCAGCACUGUUUGCGGCAUUGUGAAACACACCUCAAUGAACCACACAAUCGGACUAUGAUGUGCCCCCCUUCAUUCUGUGUGCCCUUGUACUGUCUUUUUUUUUUUGAAGGGGGGGGGGGGGGGGCACAUACCUUUCAUGUUUAGCUUUAAAAAGGGGGAUUUGAGGUGGUGUUCCUUGAUGCAAUGGUCUUUUGUAUUCAUGUGAAUUCUGAUAUACUUGUCAAUUUCCCCUUAAGAGCUUGGGAAAAAAAUAAAUUAUUAUUUCUUUUGUGUUUGUA